AUGGCAGAUCUUCUCUAUGAACUGCUCUCAGGCACAGGGCCAACAUCAACACGGACGGCAGCAGACCCGAGCACGCUCGAAUACCUCAGAACACUGACCUCGCAGCCACUCUCAUCGCUCACGUCGUCUGAACCACAGGCACUCGUUCAGUCAUCACAUGGCCUUCUUCUGUCCCUGCAAGCCCUGUCCAAAAAGUCACACAAGCAAAUCAUUGAGUCUGCAUCUCACCAUGCAGCGCUACGCACUACAUUACCAGCUCUCGCAGCAAGCACUGCGGAGUUGCGCAACUCGAUACCCAAGCUGGACAGCGAAGCAGUGCGCUUCUCAACCACCUACAACAAGAGCAGCGACAAUGGGGUGCUGACACGGCGCAAAAAGGCACUGCUACUCUCACGGAACGUCGAGCGCUUAGUCGACGUGCUUGAGCUGCCGACAUUACUAUCCUCAGCCAUAUCCACCGCGCCCGUGAACUACUCCUCAGCCCUGGACUUGAACGGCCACAUGCGCCGGCUGCACUCCAUUCACCCCAAGUCGCCCCUCGUCGAAUCGAUAUCCACCCAAGCCGACGAGGCCAUGCGGACCAUGGCGGCCAACCUCAUCCUCUCCCUCAAAGCAGCAGGCCUGAAGCUCGCUGCCUCUCUGCGAACCAUCAGCUGGCUACGACGAGUCCUACCAGACCUGGAAGCAGCCACCUCACCCGCAGCCACCACCAACCCCCACCCCAAGCGCGUUCUCGGCGCACUCUUCCUGGUCUGUCGCCUCGCGACCCUGAUGAACAUGCUCGAAGCCCUGGAACCACUCCGCGAGCUCGCCGACCAGGAAAAAGCGCGCCAGAAGGCGCUCGGCAGCAGCAAUACCGCCUGGUCGGGCGGGCAACAAACAGAGCGCUACCUCAAACGGUACCUCGAAAUUUUCCGCGAGCAGAGCUUCGCCAUCGUGUCCAUGUUUCGGAGCAUUUUCCCCGCUGCGGCGGUGACCAGCGACGGGCCUGCUGGUGGGGGAGGGGGAACGAAGAGUGAAGGAGGGGACCCCCUGGAGCCAAUGCCCUCUGCCUUGGCUACUUUUCCGCUUUAUCUGGUCGACGUGCUGCUCGGAACGCUACGGUUGUAUCUACCUACCGUGAGGGACCAAGCGGCGAGGGAUAGCCUGCUGACCCAGGUCCUGUAUUGUGCGGGGAGUUUGGGGCGGUUGGGAGGGGACUUUGGGCUGUUUCUUGCUACGCUGGAUGUUGGGCCCGAGGCCGAGGAGGAGUGGGUUGAGGUUGUCAAGAGGCAUCGGGCGCUGGCGGGACGGCUGGAGUCGAUUUGGGUUUAUGCCGACCCGAGUCAACUAUCUGGAACUUUCCACUUCGCCGCGGGCCUUGGCUCCGGUGUGCUGUCCGCCGUGCUGCUCCAGCCGAUUGACCUCCUCAAGACGCGCGUCCAACAAUCCGGCGCCCACUCGCUCCGCGCCGCCCUAGCCGAUAUCCGCUCCGCUCCACGGCUCCUCCCAGCCCUGUGGCGCGGCGCCGUUCCAUCCGCCCUGCGCACCGGCUUCGGCUCGGCAAUCUACUUCACCUCGCUCAACGCCAUCCGCCAGUCGGCCGCCCGCCUCUCCCCCUCCCCAAUCAACAAUGCCGGAUCCACAACUUCCAGCUCGCUGCCGAAACUCUCCAACACCACCAACCUCCUCUCUGGCGCCCUCGCCCGUUCACUAGCAGGGUUCAUCCUGAUGCCGCUGACAGUGCUCAAGGUCCGGUACGAGAGCACCUUCUACAGCUACACCUCCCUCGCGAGCGCGGCGCGCGACAUCGCCGGCAAGGAAGGCCUGCGCGGCUUCUUCGCCGGGUACGGCGCGACAGCGAUACGGGAUGCCCCCUACGCGGGAUUGUAUGUCCUGUUCUACGAGCAGAGCAAGAAGCGACUAAACGGGAGGAGAGGAGGGGGAGGAGGAGCAAGCAUGGCGCUCUCGCACGCGGCUUCCAUCAACUUCACCUCGGGCAUCUUAUCCGGUGUCAUCUGCAGCGUCAUCUCCAACCCCUUCGACGCGGUCAAGACGCGCAUCCAGCUGCAUCCUGCUGCCUACCGCAACAUGGUGCAGGCGAGCGCGCGCAUGGUGCGCGAGGAAGGGACGCGCGCGCUGUGGGACGGGCUGGCGCUGCGCAUGAGCCGCAAGGCCGUGAGCUCGGCCUUGGCCUGGACGGUGUACGAGGAGCUGAUCCGCCGCCUUGAGAGGGGUUGGGACGGUGGGCGGGCAAAGGAGGGGAUAUAG